AGCGAUUAGUUUUGAGUUUACACUUUACAGUGCUACGCGGCGCGUUGUUCGCCAUACAGCUUUGUAGCUUAGGGACGUGCCACCAUUUCGCGCCAAAAUGAUUUCACUUAUUCGCUUACAUCGCAGUGUUAUUAAAACAUUUUUCGAAAUAUAAUUAAAUGAUUUUUUUUCUAUUUGUGCAUUGAAGUUCAACGGUUUAUUUUGUGUGUGAAAUAACUUAGUGUUGUGCUUUUAUUACUCACUUUUACUCGCCUUUUUACACGACUACACGAUGCAAACGGUUCUGAAUUUUAAUUCUAUGUUAAGAGUGUAUGAUUUGGUACAUUUACAAAAAUGUUGAGAGGAAUUCUAGUGGUUUCACUUCUAGUAAUUCAAACAUUUCCAUCCGUCACACCAUCGAGCCUGCUCUGCGGGCGCACCAAGGAGGUGGAGGUGGGCGGCGCGGGGGGCGCGGGGGCGGCGCUCGCGCUCACCCUCGCCCGCCCGCCCGCCGCGCCUGCGCCCUGCCAGCUGCGCCUGAUUGCGCCAGACGCGGCCGCGUUCACCGUGCGACUUAUUGAUGUUAAGGAGUCGCUAGCCGAAUGGGACCGCGGGUUCGACGGGUCCCCGGACGCGGGCGCGCAGGGCCGCAAAUGGAGCAUGCGCAGUGCGCACGCGCAGCACACGAGCGAACAAGCUGCGCCGGUGAACAACAACGCUACGGAUGCUUGCAAGCUUAUUAUUUAUAUAGAAUCCAAGCCCAUAUGGAAGUUAUCGCUCUGCGGCGGUAACGCGGCGUCCGUAGCCGCGCGGGCCGGCACCAAGCUGCUACCACCCAAGAUCCGGGUGGUGUGGAAUCCGCCCGCCACACCCUACCACCACACGGAGAAGCUGCGGCUCGUGAUCACUGCUGUUAAUAGUGGCGCGAUAUGCUCGGAGGACAGCCAGUUCACGUGCGGCGCGACGAGCCUGUGCAUCUCGUCGUACCUGGUGUGCGACGGCGUGCGGCACUGCCCCGCCGGCGAGGACGAGGAGGGCGCCGCGUGCGCGCGCCGCCGCGACUCGCCGCUGCUGGAGGUGCUGCGCCGCUUCGCCGCGCGCAACCAGGAGCUGCUUGGCCUCGACCAGCCGGAGCCCGUCACUAAGCCCUCCGUCAUCAUGAAAAUAAGUGAGAGUGAGCAGAAGUCAAACGCUCUACUGGAGUUCGCGGAAGCGCUGAAACCUUACGGACCCUGGAGUUACCUGGUGGUGGGCAUGCUCGUGUGUGCUACCAUACUUAUGUUCUGUCUGGCCUGGGAGUGUUGCUGCAAAAGUUCGAAGCCGUCCGACACGCCGCUGAACAUUCCGCCAUCUUGCAUCGACCUGUCACCAACUGUCACCGUGACAGCGUCAUCGCAACAGAUGUUCCCCCCACCCCUCCCGCCCUCGCCCCCAGAGUACGAACCUCCCCCCUCCUACUCCUCCCUGUUCCCCCGCGCAUACAAGUCCUCCCCCUCGCCGGUGCCGCACUGCUCCCACCAAGAACCGGAUUGAUGAAUAGAUUACACCAAAUUGUAGAUAGGAAGCGACUAUUGAAAUAUUUCGUGGUUAGUCUUGUAUAGAUUGAGGUUAGGAACAGUUAAGAUACAAUAUAUAAAUAAAAUAAAAUAAACAGAUUCAUAUGACAUCAACCAAAUUCAAUAUAAGUGUGUAAGUUUCGACAGAAAACAAGUUUAAUAUGAAAAAACAAAACUUUAACACUGAAAAUCAAAAUAAGCAACAAACAAAAAUCUGAUAUUGUACUACAGUGUUUAGUUACAUCUGAUAAAUGUAGGUUUGAUAUUAUGUGAAAGGUGGAUGAAAUUUUGACAUAUUUUAAUAUCUGUCUAAGCCAUAUCGACAGUCUAGAUCUAUCAUAUAUUCAGUAUAUUGUGUUUGACAAAAUAUUGAUCUCGCGCUUUGAAAUAAAGGUGUAAUGAAAUUCAAAUUUGUCUGCAGUAAGGAAAGUUAGAAGAGUUUUUUUGCUCAAGGUUUUACUAUUACUUGUGGUUCAAAUGACAUUCCAGGUUUUGGAAAAAAAAGAAAGCCAAUAUCGAAUUUUAAUGUGUCACCAGGUAAAAUUUUACUUAAUUAUUGGAUAAAAUUAUAAGCUUAUAAGCUUAUAUUUUUGGACCAUAUAAGUAUAUAUAAGCUUAUAAUUUAUACUAUUUUUAUGCAAAACAACUCAAAAUUUUCCCAGUUUCUCCCAUUUCACUGCCAUUAACUGAAACUUGACACAAACAUUUAUUUCGGUUCGUUAAAUGUUUUAUAGACAAAUUCGAAUUCCUCCAGAUAUAACUUUGACUUUUAUUCCAAGCGAUAUGAAAAAAACUAAAAAAAUACACAAAAUAUUAGGCUGUAUUCGACAAAACAAAAAAAAAAGAACUAACCACGAAACGCAAUAUAACCUCGGUGAAUGUUUUGUAAAUAUAUCAGAACGUUUAUUUUAGUUUUCUACCAACUUAAUAAUGUAUUUUUAAUCUGUACUGAUAUAAUAUCUACAAUUCUCAUAAAUCCCAUUGCUAUAAUGUUGCCAUAUUGUAAAUAUGUGACAUUAUAGUAGCGGGAAAAGAGAUAUUAUACACAGAUAACAUAUUUUACCGACUUGUUCCUUACUGGUAAAUGGUAACACUUUUUAAAGCCAUAUAUUAAGUACAAUAUAAUAUGGAUAAAUGGGACCAAUAAUAAUUUUUAAUAUUACUAAAGACGUUGCCUUGUAAGUAUACAGAUAUAUGAAGAUAUAUAGCUCUAAAUAAGAGAUACCUAUUCACGAAUCAUGCUGUUAUGAAUAAAUUGUGUAUUUGACAAUUUAAAAAGGAAAUGUGUUUAUUUUUGUAAAUGUAUUUCGUAUAAAAUAUUAUACAACAAUUUUAAGUAUAAAUUGUAUGGACUAUACUUAUUAUAUACUUUAAAGGGUUAAUUAAAAUAAAUAGGACGUUAUUUCCAUUUGUAGUUAUUAGAUCGCAUUUUUUUGAUUUUUCUUUGUAGUCUUUAACUUGAAUUUUAUAAAUUUGUGAAGGAAAUUAAUUUCAUAGGUGUCCCUUAUUUUCUAUAGAUCGCAGGAUCGAUCCCAUUUGUAGGAAUAAAAAAUGGUUUCAAAACCUCACUUUUUUCAUAAAAGUAGCAAGAAGCUAGAUUUAUUUGAAAAUACUGAAAAACUUUUUUCAUGAAUCAUUGCAAUUUCAUAAAUAGCUUAUGUUUGAAUUACCUACCAUCCAACCAUAUACCAAGUCUGUUAUAUCAUAAAAAAUAUAAAUCUUCAGGUGGUGUACAAUCACUGUAAUAUAAACUAGUCUUUAUAGGAUCUUUGUUAAGUAAGCUUUGUUUCAAUUGUAUCCUAGAUAAGUUAAAUAUUAAGUUGAAUCUAAAUUCCAUGGAGUUUGAGUGAUAUGUAAUAUAAAGAAAGAAAAGAAUAAAAGAUGUUUAAAUGUA